CACUCUGACAAGAGUGUACCGACUGAGAAGAAGAGCUGCAAUUGUGCGUUGCGCGCAGAGGUGCGCUCAAGCGGUCGCCAGUAUCUAUUCGAUCGUUGUGGAGUGAAAGUCAACGAAAAAAGCAUUAAAAAUGCCUCAUUGUGCUGUUAUUUGGUGUUACAAUCAAAGUGAAAACGUUAAUAAACAUAAUUCUGGCGUAUCAUAUUACAGGUAAGUAAGAAAACCCUACUUUUAGACUUUUUUAAAACUGUGAUCCAGAUGACAUGUGUCCAGAUGGUCAAGACUCGCUGUCAUCCUAUCUGGCCAUGCGAUAGUGAUGUGGUUAUGGUUGGGUGGCGUCAUGUCGAUAAUGUGUGUUGGUGAACAUGCAAAUAGACUUUGAAUUUUUUUUUAAAUCCAGACAAAUGCAUGUUCUAAUUAACGCAUCUAUAACAGAAACCUUACUUUUUUUUAGAUUUCCUAAUGAUCCUUAUAUUAGCAACAGAAAAGUACAACUGGUUUCCACAAAAACAUGAUACGAUAUGCUCUGAGCACUUCGAGGCUGUAAGUUUCAUAAAAAGGACUUCCAGAACUUACUUAACUUCUGAUGCUAUCCCAACAUGAAACUCCACCCCAUUAUUAAAGAGAUUAAUUCACAUUGUUCCACAAAGACUGUUGAAAUUCAUGACAUUGCUGCACCAGCAAAACGUAGAAAGAUGUCUGGUGAAGAUUCACUCGUAGAACCAGCCAAAGAAGCUAUUCAAGAUGGUAUAUCAAACACACAAGAAGAGACAACACCAAAUAUCCAAGACACACCACGCAGACGUAAAUUGAAAAUGUCUAUAUUGAGGGCUCAGCAAACCAUUAAAAGGCAAACACUUCUAGUAAAACGACUGAGAGCAAACAAUAUAAGGUUAUCAAAAAAAAUUGCUAAAAUGGAAAAUAUUAUAAAAUAUCUACGAGAGAAAUCUACUUAUACAUGAUGAGGAUAUAUUGACGUUACAGAGUACUAACGUAAAAAGUAAUAAUUUAACCUUCAAUCUAAAAGGUGUUUACUCAAAGGAAGUUAAGUCUUUUGCAUUAACUUUGCAUUAUUAUUCGCCAGAGGCGUAUAAUUAUGUGCGUGAAAAAUUUAAUACAUGUCUGCCUCAUCCAAGAACCAUUCAAAAAUGGUACCAAAGUGUCGAUGCGAAUGCUGGUUUUACUACAGAAUCGUUAACGGCAAUUACUUUGAUACAGAAACAAUCCGAACAUAAGAUUGUAUUAUGUAGUUUGACGUUAGACGAGAUGGCUAUCAGAAAGCGAGUUGAGUGGGAAGGGAAACAAUUUCACGGCUACGUCGACAUUGGUAGCAAUAUAAACAGGGAUGACUUAAAAGAAGCAAAAGAGGCACUAGUAUUUCUAGUAAAUGCAAUAAAUGCAAAUUGGAAAGUUCCCGUCGGUUUUUUCUUUGUGUGAAUGGAGAACAAAGAGCAAAUUUAGUUUUACAGUGCCUAAAACUGCUGCAUGAUACGGGCGUAGAAGUAGUUUCUCUUACAUGUGAUGGAUGUCCAGCAAAUGUCAGCAUGUUGAGACAGUUGGGAUGUAAUUUUAAUCCGGACGAUAUAAACACACAUUUUGAGCAUCCGGAAACAAAAUUAAAUGUAUACGGUUUCCUCGAUCCCUGUCACAUGUUAAAAUUAAUAAGGAAUGCCUUCCAAUUUAACGAGAUAUUCGUAGACAAAGAAAAUAGAAAAGUAAAAUGGCAACAUUUGAAAAAUCUUCACAAGAUCCAAGAAAAAGAGCAAUUACAUCUGGCGAAUAAAUUAGGCAAGGAACACAUCAACUUUGAAAUAAAAACAAAAUGAAAGUUAAGUUAGCUAGUCAGUUAUUUAGCAACAGUGUAGCGGAUGCUUUGACAUUUUUAAAUAUUAAAAAUAUAAAAAAAAAUACCACAAUAUUGACUACUUUUUCUUUACUUAAAAUAAAAGUAUCGACUCCGUACCGCAGCACUUGUAAUAAACUCUAAGACAAUACGGAUGCGUAGUCUAUGUAAGCGUAAGUGUAUUGGUGUGAGUAAAUGGUGACGCUCACUAAGUGCCUAUUUACACGUCCCGGUUGCCGGCUAACCGGCGCCGGGUAUCCGGUGGUGAAGUGUAUGGGCAUGGUACGUAGCUUUCACAUUUUCCGGCGUAAUUAAUCCGGCAUGCCCAUACAUUCAGGACCGGCUAUCUCAAGACAACUUAAGGAAGUUGUACAUAAAGUGUACAAAUUUUUUGAAAGGCGAAAAAAUGACCGCGCAUCGGCCGAAUACGCAAACGACAUUAAUUUAGCAGAAACUGUUUCUGAAGCCACAGGUUUGUC